AUGGCAAUUAAAACAGCCCCGAUACCCCCGGAAGAAGUCCGCAGGGCAAUGGACAAUGCCCUUGAAAAGGUCGCUAAGGGUCUCCGCGAUUUAAAUCACGCUAUCUGGUCCAACCCGGAACUCGCCUACGAGGAACACGAAGCCCACGAUAACAUCUGUGACUUUCUCGAGAGCGAGGGUUUCACGGUUACCCGACAUGCUUACGGUCUCGACACCGCCUUCGAAUGUAUCAGCGGUACGGAGGGACGACUUGUGAAUUUCAAUGCGGAAUAUGACGCUCUCCCGGGUAUCGGACAUGCGUGCGGACACAAUCUCAUUGCGACGGCUAGUAUCACUGCAUUCUUGGCGCUUGCUAGUCUGCGGGAAGAAUAUGGUAUCGGUGGUCGGAUCCAGUUGCUCGGGACACCUGCUGAGGAAAAUGGUGGUGGGAAGGCGAAGCUGAUUGAUGCGGGGGCAUAUAGGGAGGUUGAUGUCUCACUGAUGGCACACGGCGGCCCGAAGAAUAUCACCGGAAAGCCAAUCGACGGCGUCGCCGGUAUCCUAAUGAAUGCCCGCAAAGAGCUCUACGUGGAGUAUUUCGGAAAGAAUGCACAUGCAGGCGGAAAUCCGUGGGAGGGCGUGAACGCCCUCGACGCGUUGGUCGGGGCUUACAAUGGUGUUUCGACUCUCCGACAACAGAUUAUGCCUGAUGAGCGGAUCCACGGCGCGUUCUUGGAUGUCCCUACCGUCGCGAAUAUCAUUCCCGCGUAUACGAAGUCUUACUGGCAGAUUCGCAGUCCCAGUCUGGAGGGUCUUGCAAAGUUGAUUGCGCGGGUGCGGAGGUGUUUUGAGGGUUCUGCUGUGACAACGGGGUGCGAAGUUAAAAUUGAGGAGAAGGAGCUUUACACCGAUAUCGUACUGAAUGAUACCUUGUGCGAGAGGUAUACCCUGCACAUGCAGGAACUUGGCCGGACGUGCGAAAAGAAAUAUGAGAAGGUUCUGACUGGCUCUACUGAUGCUGGUAAUGUCAGCUAUGCCGUCCCGACGCUCCACUCAAUGUUCGGCAUCCCAACUCCCCCCGGCGCUUACCCUCACCACCCGUCAUUUACUGCCAGCGCGGGAACAGACGAGGCACAUGUGGAAGCCGUCAUUACUGGUAAAUGCUUGGCUCUUCUUGGGUGGGACAUGUUAACAGAUGAUGUGCUCUUCAACUCAACAAAGGCGCAAUGGGAGGGACAGGUCCCUGCUUCUGGUGAGCAAGUGAAAUAA